AUGGUUGAAAAGCUGAUGGAGGACAUCCAGGGCAUAAAAUGCAUCCAUCAUAUACAGCAGUUGUUCUUUGGGGCGGAUUUUGACGCAAUGGUCGGAGACAAUUUUGAGAAUCAGCUUGAUCAAAAACCCUACAAAAAAGAUGUGGACCUGUUCUGUCUUCUCCCAAUGUCCUGUAUUAUUGACAGCCUAAUUCUUACUGAUAAAGCUGCUAAGUACCUGUGGGACUUGAAAUCUGUAGCUGAUGAAAGUUAA